AUGCCUUACCUUCACUGGGAAAUACAGAGCAACUUAGAUGAUCUAGAGGACUUAUUGGCAACACGACACCACCAUACGUUUCCACCCGGCAUUCGAAACGUGGAAACAAAAUUCCAAUUUCUUAUCGACCAGGCAAAACGCAAUUGGAGUUUCUACUAUAGUCGCAUCGACGAAUGGAAGCAUCAGCAUAGUAAAAGCUCAGCAACCUGCCGCACUAGAUCGCCAUUAGGCGAGUACCUUCUACACGUUGCUAAAUUUUACCGGUCUUUUAACCUUGAUGCCGACACACACUUACUUUCUGAUCAAUUGUUUGCUAUUCCCCCGUUACACCCAAGACGAACUCUCCACCAGUCCUAUUACUGGAAGCGUACUCAUACUGGGUAUCUUGACCGACAUCAAACUACCCACAAAGCAACUGAUACGGAUGAUUAUAGCCAUCAAGGAGUCGGCAAGGUAAUCAUGGUUGACCAACUGUGGAUGUACAUCUUAGACGAGAAUACAAUUAUCACGUUCUUCCCGCAGCGCGCUGGUCGCAAUCUUUCCGACUCUUCUAACGUUCACGCAACAAUACAUUCAGUACUAGAAAAUGUUCAAAGAGGGCAUAUCAACUCAGUGCACGACUUGGCAUUGUUAAUCAUGAAUGAGUGCUCAGCAGUCUUCUUUGACAGAGGAAAAGCAGAUGAAAGACCAGAAUUGCUUAACAUCUUUUCGAUUGCUCUUGGCGAUAUAUCUGAGUCGAUGCGACUUACACUUGAAGGUUUUCACACGUAUGUUGAAAGGGUAGAACACAACUACGAAGACCCAUAUGCAGACUUGGACGUUUCUUCUAGGAGAACACUCGGGACUGGCCAUGAAGUUCUGCUGACCAAAAGGCUUCAUGAUAUUCUGGACGAGCUACGCAUGAUGGCUCGUAUAAUCACUCAACAAGAGCAAGUCACAAGCGAUUACCAGGAACAUCUAAGCGCCAUUCACGAUCAAAUUAGGACCACUGAAACGCACGUCUUUGAAGAGCCCGUCAAAAGCGAGAUGAUGGAGAAAUUGAAGGACAGAAACAAUGCCUCUAAAAUUAUGACGUCCGAGUUUACACUACUGAACGUCAGACGUCUUGCUCGGACUAUAGCAAAGCGGGGCAAAGAACUGCAAGAACUAGUAACCACAGCGGACAAUUUGCUCCAUCAGUUGAAAGAUCAUGUCAACCUCAAACAACAACAUGCCAGCAUUAUGGAGGCACAAUAUGCCUCCCAAGUCGCUCAAGAAGGCAUGAAACAGAAUCGAACAUUUCUACUUUUCACUAUCGUGAUAAUUAUCUUUCUUCCUUUAUCGUUUAUGUCUUCGCUUUUUGGCAUGAACGCGAGCGACUUCCAAACCUCGGACGGUAAAAAUAGCAUGUCUCUACAACAGCAACUCAAUUUUCUUUUCCCCAUAUCAACAGUCAUUAUCGCUAUUUCCAUCGCUUUCGCAUUUUCAUUACGGUUUCGCCAUCCUUUCUACUACAUGCUCUCGUGCCUGUCUAUUUGCUGGUCGUAUUUCACCGCUUAUACCUACAUACAUCGACUAUCUUUCCGGUACCCUAGAAGACCAAUCGGGCAGAUGACGAAAGACCACCAAAAAGUCAUCAAAGCUGUGCAUAAGAAAGGAGAGAACGCCGAGUUAUGGCGGCGGAUGCGUCGGGAUUUGGAAAGAGCAGAAUCUGAGCCGACAAAAUCCACAAAGCGAUAA